AUGUCGGAGGACUUUGAGUCGCUGCCUCCAGCAGUACGAAGAAAGUUCUUCUCGAACGUCGAGCGUUUACGUAUUCGGCUAGCCCAGAGCGAUCACGGUUCCCCUGCCUACUCCACAUCAAACUAUCAGACGGAUAAUCGGGUCUAUCGAGCCCCUCGUCUUGGGUCGGACCAUCACUCGCGUGGUUUGCGGAACGGAUCUAGGAAGCGAGGGCUCGAGAAGCGUCCUUCUUCUUCCAAGAAAUUACACAAACCCGGAUCUCUUCAAUUGGCGUAUUUGGCCGCCCAGGCGGACUCUCAAUGCUUUCAUGCCCUGCCCGCCAAGAUCCAACAAAAGCUUUUCUCCCCCGAAGAACGUAGACGUUUGAGGAACGCUUAUCGGCAAAGUCUCAUCUACGACGCCGCCGACGAAGCUUACCGCCGAGAUUCUGGUCGAGAUUCUAGACAAUCUCGCUCUUCCACCGACACUCACUCCUCCCAGGCAACUGUGCCUGUUGUUCAGUCAUCGACCGCCUUUUAUUCAGACUCCGAGUCGGAUGACGAAGACCCAAACAUGGAUCAAACAUUCCAUGAUAGUUUCCGCUGGCUCGACGAGGAUGGCGAUCUUGAUUUAUCUCUCGAUGAAUACCAUGCUCAUGUGGCAGAUGCUGCCACGAGAAAGAGAAUCCGUCCCUCCUUCCGCCGCUCCUUAUCCUUUUCAAACCAUCUUCGCAAAACAUUAGAAAUCACAACCAUUUCGGCUCGGGGACUCCCGCCUGUCAGCCAGUCCCAGCCGUUAACCCCCCUCUCCGACCGAACCCCCGAAUCGCCCUCGUCAUCCAGCUCGAGCAUCGACCCCUGUGCCCAAUACUAUCAAGACCCCGAUGCCCGCUUGAAAUUGCGCGUAUACCUGGCAUCGCCACAAAAGUUUGACGAAGCCAUUGAAUUCGGAUUCCCCUCUCUGGAUCAAAAUAAUAAGGAGAAUGUCUCCCCGGAACCAAUCACACCGAAAUCUAUCUCCCCGAGACCCACCCUAGUCAACUCGGAUUUUGGCACAUUCUUCGAAGACGACGAUGGCACCAUGGUGGGGAGCCCAGGAUCGGUAGAAAAAGAACCAAUCCCUUCGCCCGUGCUCACACAGUGGGACGCGCCCCGACCCUCCGAAUCAUCAGUUCUCUUGCAGCGACGCCAGUCGUCCUGGCUGCCCGGGACCAAGGCAGUCCCACAACGGCUUCCGGGAAACCGUGAGAUGACUCUCAAAAUGACCCUCACUCGGCCAGACCUUCGCACCUACUCUCCCAGCCCCCCGACUUCUUCCACAGGAAAAGAAGACCCCUUGCGAUUGGCUGAACUUCCGCCAGCGGAUCGCAGCCAGUCCAUAUGGGACUCGGACCUUGACGAGCAAGGUAUGGUGAAGAGGAUGUGGCGCAAGCUCCGACGCCGAGUUUGA